GCUUGGAUUCUAAGCCGGAUUGUGGGAGCAUCUAUUGGAUUUCGUUUUGGUGGAUGGAAAUGUUUGAAGGACAUUGUGGUAAAGUUCAAAAAGGGUGCUGUUGAAUCUAUAUCAGUUGGUGAAAUUAAACUCAGUUUACGUCAGUCCUUGGUCAAACUUGGGGUUGGCAUUAUUUCUAAGGAUCCAAAGCUGCAGGUGUUAAUAUGUGACUUAGAAGUUGUAAUGAGAUCCUCUAGUAAAAGUCUGCCAAAAGAUAAGUCAAGGAAGCCUCACAGUUCGGGUAGGGGCAGGGGAAAGUGGAUGGUUGUAGCAAAUAUGGCAAGAUUUUUGUCAGUUUCUAUAACAGAUAUGGUUGUGAAGACACCUAAAGCUACUGUUGAAGUUAAGGAACUGAGAGUGGAUAUAUCUAAGGAUGGUGGAUCAAAGCCUAGUCUCUUUUUUAAGUUAAAUAUUUUACCUAUUUUUGUUCACAUCGGUGAACAACAAUUGAGUUGUGACCAGACAUCCAUCCUAAACAGUGGAGGAUGCAUUUCAACUAUUCAGGCUCCAUCUUCCAUGACGGAAAGGCCUUCUGCACCUUUUAGCUGUGAAGAGUUUUCUCUCUCUUGUGAAUUUGGCCAUGAUAGGGAAGCAGGGCUAGCUAUCCAAAAUGUGGACAUUAACUGUGGAGAGAUCUCUCUUUGCCUCAAUGAGGAGCUGCUUUUAAAGAAAAAAAAAUCCUCAGAUGUUUCUUCUCAGACAGAUAAAAUGGGGUCAACUGUCAAUUCUGCAGCUGUUAAUAACCCUCAAAAGAAUCAAGCAGCUGUUUUAGCAUUGUCAAAAUAUACUUCUUUGUUCCCAGAAAAGAUUUGCUUCAACUUACCAAAGCUCAAUUUGGAGUUUACGCAUCGUGAACUUGAUAUUGUUGUUGAGAGUAAUAUCAUGGGCAUUCAAUUGAAAACCAUCAAGUCACGAUCAAGUGAAGAUGGUGGGGAGAGCACACGCCUUGAUGUUCAGUUGGAUUUCAGUGAGAUACAUUUCCUCAGAGAAGCUGGCACUUCUAUCAUAGAGAUACUGAAAGUUGAUGUCUUUUCUUUUGUGUACAUUCCAACACAGCCAAUCUCACCUAUUAGAGCUGAAAUUGAUGUUAAGCUCGGGGGCACCCAAUGCAACAUUAUUAUUAGCAGAUUAGAGCCAUGGUUGUGCAUGCAAUCGUCAAAAAAGAAGAGCAUGGUGCUUCAAGAAGAAGCUUCUACAAUCGAAAAGCCAAAGUCUUCUGAAUCUAAAGCCUUCAUGUGGACAUGUAAUGUCUCAGCUCCUGAGAUGACAAUCAUGCUUUACAGUAUCAAUGGUUUGCCUCUGUAUCAUGGUUGCUCACAAUCAUCACAUGUUUAUGCCAACAACAUUUCAAGUGCAGGAACCACAGUACAUAUGGAACUUGGUGAACUAAAUUUGUACAUGGCAGAUGAAUAUCAAGAAUGCCCAAAAGAAAGCCUUUUCAGAGUGGAAUCAAAUUCGGGUUCCUUAUUGCAUGUAGCUAAGGUUAGUCUUGACUGGGGCAAAAAGGACAUGGAUUCGUCUGAUGACGCUAUUAAUAAAUGUAAAUUAGCACUCUCUGUUGAUGUGACUGGAAUGGGGAUUUACUUUACUUUUAAACGUGUUGAAUCACUGAUAGUAACAGCUAUGUCCUUUCAAGCACUGUUGAAACCUUUGUCUGCCAGCAAAAAAUCAACACAGAACCGGGCAGGGCAUGCCUCAAAAUCGUCAGGGAAGGGGACUCGGCUCUUAAAAUUUAAUCUUGAACGAUGUUCCAUCAACUUUUGUGGUGACACUUGCUUGGAAAACACAGUUGUUGCAGAUCCUAAGCGUGUAAACUAUGGGUCUCAAGGUGGUCGAGUUAUUAUUAGUGUCUCAGCUGAUGGUACGCCGCGUUAUGCAAACAUAAUGUCCACUGUUUCUGAUGAAUGUAAAAGGUUGAAAUACUUGGUUUCUCUUGACAUCUUUCACUUUAGUUUGUGUGUGAACAAAGAGAAACAGUCCACACAGCUGGAACUUGAAAGAGCCAGAUCUAUCUAUCAAGAAUAUCUAGAGGAAGAUAGGCCUUGUAAAAAGGUGGCAUUGUUUGACAUUCAGAAUGCAAAGUUUGUACAACGCUCUGGUGGUCAUAAGGAGAUAGCUGUCUGCUCUCUUUUCAGUGCUACCAAUAUCACUGUCAGAUGGGAGCCUGAUGUGCAUCUAUCUUUGUUUGAACUUGGUCUGCGACUGAAAUUACUUGUUCAUAAUCUGAAGCUUGAGGGACUUGGUAAGAAACAGAUGGAUGAACUCUCCUGCAUACAAGAAGAACCAAAGAAAGAAUCUACUAUGUUAGAAUCUGGUAAUUUUGAAAAACACAAGAAAAAGGAAUCCAUAUUUGCUGUAGAUGUGGAGAUGCUGACUAUUUCUGCUGAGGUUGGAGAUGGAGUUGAGGCAAUGGUUCAGGUUCAAUCAAUUUUCUCUGAGAAUGCUCGUAUUGGGGUGCUUCUUGAAGGAUUGAUGCUUAGUUUUUGUGGAGCACAGAUAUUCAAAAGCAGCCGUAUGCAAAUUUCCCGCAUUCCUAGCACGUCUAGCAGCUCAUCUGAUGCAAAAGGAGCAGCAGGCACAAUAUGGGAUUGGCGGGUUCAAGCACUUGAUGUUCAUAUCUGUAUGCCGUAUAGGCUGCAGCUGCGUGCCAUUGAUGAUGCUAUUGAGGAGAUGUUGCGAGCUUUGAAGCUUGUAACUGCUGCUCAGGCUAAACUUAUAUUUCCCAUGAAGAAAGAGAGCUCUAAAAUGAAAAAGCCUAAUUCAAUGAAAUUUGGACGAGUGAGGUUUUGUAUACGCAAGUUGACUGCUGAUAUUGAGGAAGAACCAAUGCAGGGUUGGCUUGAUGAACAUUAUCAGCUGAUGAAGAAUGAGGCAUGUGAGUUAGCUGUCAGACUAAAACUUCUUGAUGGUUUUUUUUCAGCCAACCAAUGUCCUAAAAUAGAUGAAGCAAUUGAUUCCACUUGUGAAAGAAAGGUUCUCUAUGAUGGCAUUGAUAUGGAUGUUCAAGAUCCUUCAGCUAUUCAGAAAUUGAAAGAAGAUAUUUAUAGACAGUCUUUUCGGUCAUAUUACCAGGCAUGCCAAAAAUUGGUAGAAUCAGAAGGUUCAGGUGCUUGUAGAGAAGGAUUUCAGGCUGGUUUCAAGCCAAGUACAGCAAGAACUUCACUUCUCUCUGUUUCUGCUACAGAUUUUGAUCUGACCUUGACAAGGAUUGAUGGUGGAGAAGAUGGGAUGAUAGAGGUUGUAAAGAAGCUUGAUCCUGUUGCUCGUAACAAUGAUAUACCAUUUUCUCGUUUAUAUGGGAGCAAUAUUCUUUUGAAUACUGGCACUCUGGCUGUUUUAUUAAGAAAUUACACAUUUCCCCUUUUCUCUGCAACUUGUGGUAAAUGUGAAGGCCGUGUUGUGCUAGCACAGCAGGCAACAUCUUUUCAGCCCCAGGUUUAUCAAGAUGUCUACAUUGGGAAAUGGAGAAAGGUGCAAAUGCUUCGUUCAGCUAGUGGUACCACACCACCAAUGAAAACAUAUACAGAUUUGCCCAUCCAUUUUCAAAAGGCAGAAGUGUCUUAUGGUGUAGGAUAUGAACCAGUUUUUGCUGAUAUAAGCUAUGCUUUUACUGUGGCUCUUCGUAGGGCUCACUUAAGCCGUAGGGGUCCUGAGGUUCCACAGCCACCAAAAAAGGAAAAGAGCUUACCUUGGUGGGAUGAAAUGAGAAAUUACAUCCAUGGGAAUAUCACCUUAUUCUUUUCUGAAGCUAAAUGGUACAUUCUUGCAACCACUGAUCCUUAUGAGAAGGUCAACAAACUUCAAGUAACAUCUGCUUCUAUGGAAAUUCAGCAGUCUGAUGGUCGUGUUUAUCUCUCUGCAAAGGAUUUUAAGAUUUACUUGAGCAGUUUGGAGAGUUUGAUAAAUAAUUCUAGCUUAAAACUUCCUGCUGGUCUCUGUGGUGCUUUCCUUGAAGCUCCAGUCUUUACUGUUGAGGUUUUGAUGGAGUGGGACUGUGAGUCUGGCAAUCCAAUGAAUCAUUAUUUGUUUUCACUUCCUGUUGAAGGAAAGCCACGUGAAAAAGUAUAUGAUCCCUUUAGAUCUACUUCUCUUUCCCUUCAAUGGAACUUCUCUCUUAGACCCUUGCCUCUAGUAUCUGAGAAACAAUCACCACCCACUUCAGUGGCAGAUUGCACUGUUCUGGAAGGUGCCAACUUUGGUUCACAAAGGUAUGACAAUAUGUCAAAUGCUUUACCUACUGUGAACCUUGGUGCUCAUGAUAUGGCCUGGAUAAUCAAGUUCUGGAGUUUGAAUUUUCUUCCUCCCCACAAAUUGCGUACUUUCUCUAGAUGGCCUCGUUUUGGGGUUCCAAGAAUUCCUAGAUCAGGAAACUUGUCAUUGGACAGGGUGAUGACAGAAUUUAUGCUCCGGUUUGAUGUUACUCCUACUUGUAUAAAGCAUAUGCCAUUAGAUGAUGAUGAUCCAGCAAAAGGACUGACAUUUACCAUGACAAAGCUGAAAUAUGAAAGGUAUUUGAGUAGAGGCAAGCAAAAGUAUACUUUUGAGUGCUUACGUGGUCCUCUUGAUCUUGUAUAUCAGGGUAUUGACCUUCACAUGCCUAAGGCAUUCUUAAACAAAGAGGAUUGCAGUUCUGUUGCAAAAUUAGUACAAAUGGCGAGGAAAAGUUCACAGGCUGCACCUAUUGAAAGAGUUUCUAGUGGAAAGUCUAAUUCUGUGGGUGGUUGCACAGAAAAGCAUCGUGAUGAUGGAUUUCUGUUGUCAUCUGAUUAUUUUACAAUCAGGAGGCAGGCCCCAAAGGCUGACCCUGCAAGGUUGUUGGCAUGGCAAGAGGCUGGAAGAAAAAAUAUUGAAAUGACAUAUGUCAGAUCUGAAUUUGAGAAUGGGAGUGACAGUGAUGAGCAUCCAAUAUCAGAUCUAGAUGAUGAUGAAGGAUACAAUGUGUUAAUAGCUGACAAUUGCCAACGUGUUUUUGUUUAUGGUCUUAAACUUCUAUGGACUAUAGAGAAUAGAGAUGCUGUUUGGUCUUGGGUUGGUGGAUUAUCCAAAGCAUUUGAACCCUCAAAGCCCUCUCCUUCUCGGCAGUAUAUGCAGAGGAAGUUACAUGAGGAAAAACAGCAACAUAAUGAGUCUGAAAUGCCUCAAGAGGAUACUUCUAAGUCCACUUCUAUCAGUGAAGGUAUGCUGUCCUCUUCUCAAAAUGUAGAAACAUCAGGAUCUCAUUCAUCACCAUCACAUUCAGUUAAAAAGGAGAACUCAUCAAUUGCUGUAGUAGCACCAUCAACAAAUGAAAAUGUCAAUGAUUCUGAAGAGGAAGGGACUCGUCAUUUUAUGGUGAACGUCAUGCAGCCUCAAUUCAAUCUUCAUUCUGAAGAAGCCAAUGGAAGAUUUUUGCUUGCUGCUGGGAGUGGUCGUGUUUUAGCCCGGUCAUUUCACUCAGUCCUUCAAGUUGGCUCUGAGAUGAUUGAGCAAGCACUUGGUACUGGAACUGCCCAAAUUCCUGAGACUGCACCUGAAAUGACAUGGAAGCGGAUGGAAUUAUCUGUAAUGUUGGAGCAUGUGCAGGCUCAUGUUGCACCAACUGAUGUUGAUCCUGGGGCUGGACUGCAGUGGCUUCCAAAAAUUCGUAAAAGCUCUCCAAAAGUCAAGCGUACUGGUGCUCUUCUUGAAAGAGUAUUUAUGCCUUGUGAUAUGUACUUCCGAUACACAAGACACAAAGGUGGGACUCCAGACCUGAAGGUGAAGCCCCUGAAGGAGCUAACCUUCAACUCGCACAAUAUAACAGCAUCAAUGACAUCUCGUCAGUUUCAAGUUAUGCUGGAUGUAUUGACCAAUCUCCUCUUUGCACGGCUUCCCAAGCCUCGGAAAAGUAGUUUAUCAUUUCCUGGCGAAGAUGAUGAGGACAUAGGAGAAGAGGCAGAUGAGGUGGUUCCUGAUGGUGUUGAGGAGGUUGAACUUGCAAAAAUUGCCCUUGAACAGAAAGAGCAGGAGCGUAAGUUGCUACAUAGAGACAUUAAGAAAUUGUCUGUCCAUUGUGAUUCUUCUUCAGACUUUAGUCCAGAAAAGGAGGCUGACUUGUGGAUGAUAACUUGUGGGAAAUCUUUAUUGGUGCAAGGACUGAAGAAAGAGCUUAUCAAUGCUCAAAAAGCUAGAAAGGAAGCAUCUGCAUCUUUACGGGUAGCUCUGCAGAAAGCUGCUCAUCUACGGCUGAUGGAGAAGGAAAAGAACAAAAGUCCAUCCUAUGCCAUGCGUAUUUCUGUGCAAAUUAACAAAGUUGUGUGGAGCAUGCUUCAAGAUGGUAAACCAUUUGCUGAGACAGAGAUAAAUGAUAUGAUUUAUGAUUUCGACCGCGAUUACAAAGAUGUUGGUGUUGCUCAGUUUACAACAAAGUAUUGUGUUGUGAGAAACUGCAUGCCUAAUGCCAAGUCUGAUACACUUUUGGCACCGUGGAAUCCUCCCCCUGAAUGGGGAAAAAAAGUCAUGCUUCGUGUAGAUGCAAAGCAGGGUGCUCCAAAGGAUGGCAACUCUACUCUUGAGCUUUUCCAGGUAGAGAUAUACCCCCUUAAGAUUCAUUUGACUGAAACAAUGUACAGAAUGAUGUGGGAAUAUUUAUUCCCAGAAGAAGAACAAGAUUCGCUGCGAAGGCAGGAAGUUUGGAAGGUUUCCACAACUGUUGGUGCCAGACGUGGUAAGAAAGGCUCAAUUGAUGCUUCUGCACCUACAAAAGAGUUUGAGGCAUCAUCCAAAACUGGUGCAGCUGCUUCAUCCUCUUCCUCAGUUACCAGUCAGCAUGCUAUUGCUGAAUCUGCCCAAGCUUUAAAGUCGCAAAACAUGAUUUCCAGCUCUGGCCCUGAGUUGAGAAGAACAUCUUCAUUUGACAGAACGUGGGAAGAGACUGUUGCAGAAUCUAUAGCUAAUGAACUUGUCCUACAGGUUAAUUCUUCAAACAAAAGUGGGUCACUAAUUGAGCAACAAGAAGAAUCCUCAAAAAAUAAAUUGAAAGAUUCAAAACCUGUCAAGUCUGGUCGGCCAUCUAACGAAGAGAAGAAGCUUGGGAAGUCAAAUGAGGAGAAAAAGUCAGCUAGGCCGAGGAAAAUGGUGGAGUUUCACAAUAUCAAGAUAAGUCAGGUUGAGCUAUCAGUUACCUAUGAAGGAUCUAGAUUUGUUGUGAAUGAUCUUAAGUUGCUGAUGGAUACAUUUCACCAUGUUGGGUUCACUGGUACUUGGAGGAGACUUUUCUCUCGAGUUAAGAAGCAUAUCAUCUGGGGAGUCCUAAAAUCUGUAACUGGAAUGCAGGGUAAGAAAUUCAAAGACAAAGCAAAUACUCAAAAGGAACCUAGUGCAACUGCUGUUCCUGAUAGUGAUCUUAAUUUGAGUGACAAUGAUCAGUCAGGGAAGCCUGAUCCGUAUCCCAUGAUCUUUCUUAAACGUCCAAAUGAUGGGGCAGGCGAUGGGUUUGUCACCUCCAUCAGGGGCCUGUUCAAUACUCAACGGCGCAAGGCAAAGGCAUUUGUGCUGCGAACCAUGAGGGGUGAGGAGAAUGAUUUCACUGGGGAAUGGAGUGAUAGUGAUGCAGAGUUCUCUCCAUUUACUCGGCAGCUUACCAUAACAAAAGCUAGGAAGCUUAUUAGACGGCACACAAAGAAGCUCCGCUCAAGAAAAGGUUCAUCUUCUCAACAGAUUGAUUCACUUCCAUCUUCUCCAAUGGUAAUGGAGGGCACUCCAUUUGAAAGUGAUUCAUCUAGUGGAUCCUCACCUUAUGAGGAUUUUCAUGAAUAAAACCUGAGUUAUCAGAAUAACAUUAUUUGAAGGCCUCCAGCAGAGCACAAUGUAUGGGAUAUAUACAGGCAAGGCACCCUGCAAUUGGAAGACUGCUGCCUUUCUGGGAAGAUAGACUGAAGGUGUUGCCAAUCUUCCAUUCUGAAGCUAGUGCCAGACACCGAGGAUGAAGAAGAUGAAGGUACCCUUGCUUUGUGAUUUGGAUAUCAACUUACUGGUUGAUGAUACCUUAAAUUCUGAUUGAUCUUUGACUACCUACCUGAAUUCAAUCAUAUUUGCCCCACGACCACAUUUAUCUAUCUCGGUAGAGUUCUUCAAACGGUCAAUCUGUAAAUUUUGUAGGUAGAGUUAUAUAUAUAUCUGACUCGAAAUAUAAUACAGAGCUAACUGAUUGCCUUAAUUUUGUACAUACAUUCGAACAAUAAUGGAAGAGUCAUGUUAAACCUAAAUAAAUGGAUCGAGUAAUUGUCCAGUGGUAAAUAUCUCACUGAUUGCUCAAGACGGAUGUAAACGAAAUUGGAUGGGAUUGUUUUUGUUGUUUAGUGGUUUCCGUUGUGGAGCAAAUUAACAGCUGUAUGCAAU